AUGGCUUUUCAGAUGAUACCCAGCAGAGCCCAGCCAGCAGCCUCCUCUCCAGCAGACCCAAGAAGUCUGCUUCUGUGUCGCUCCUGGGGUCCAACUCAGGGAGGGGGGUUGCUGCCCAAAUUCUGCCCCCAGCUGGCCACUUGUGUGAAGGAGAGUGACUUUUCCCAGGCAUCACAGUCCUGGUGGUCUCCGCUCCCAGAGCAGGUGGCCCUGGUGAUCGGGGGCACUCUUGGGGGGCUGCUACUGCUGCUGCUGUUGAUUUGGGUGAGCUGCUGUCUCUGGAAGAGGCUUUGUGCCAAGUUCACCUAUGAGGAGCUGCCGGGGACAACAGCUGCCUCCAGCCUACAGGAGGACAAGCUCUGCCGGCUGCAUGCUGGGACUCAGACAAGCAGGCCACCAGGUGUGCCAUUUGUGGUGCCCCCUUCCUUCCAAAGCCGAGACUGGGUGCCCCUGCACAGCAGAGAGUGGGCCCAGGCACCACCAGACCCCUGCCUAGCUCCAAAGCUCCAGCCCCAUUCCACUGGCAGCAACCGUGGAGAUGCCUGCGUGGUGGGGACCAUCAACCCAGAGCUGUACAAGUUCCCAGAGGACAAGAGUGAGACCGACUUCCCUGAGGGCUGCCUGGGGCGACUGUGGUUCUCCGUGGAAUACCAGCAGGAGGCCGAGCGGCUGUUGGUGGGCCUGAUCAAGGCGCAGCACCUACAAGGCCCCUCGGAGACCUGCAGCCCCCUGGUGAAGCUCCACCUGCUGCCCGAUGAGCGGCGCUUCCUCCAGUCUAAGACUAAACGCAAAACCGCCAACCCUCAGUUUGAUGAGCACUUUAUCUUCCAGGUGUCCGGCAAGAGCAUCACUCAGAGGGUGCUGAGGUUCUCGGUGUACCAUGUGGACAGGCAAAGGAAGCACCAGCUCCUGGGCCAGGUGCUGUUCCCCCUGAAGAACGAGACCCUGGCAGGCGACUGCCGGCAUAUUAUCUGGAGAGACCUGGAGGCUGAGAACCUGGAGCCUCCCUCAGAAUUUGGCGACCUCCAAUUCUGCCUCAGCUACAAUGACUGCCUGAGCCGUCUGACAGUGGUCGUGCUACGAGCCAAGGGCCUCCAGCUCCAGGAAGACAGGAGUUUUGUCAGUGUGUUUGUCAAAGUGUCCCUGAUGAAUCACAACAAGUUUGUCAAGUGCAAGAAGACUUCGGCUGUGCUGGGCUCUGCCAACCCCGUGUACAGCGAAACCUUCAGCUUCAAGGCUGACCCCACUGAGUUGGACACUGCCAGCCUCAGCCUGACAGUGCUGCAGAGCACCGAAGGAGACAAGACCCACCAGCUGGGCCGAGUGGUGGUGGGCCCCUACAUGUACGCCCGUGGCAAAGAGCUAGAGCACUGGGAUGAGAUGCUCAGCAAGCCGAAGGAACUGGUGAAGCGCUGGCAUGCACUUUGCCGCACCACUGAGUCUUGA